CCUUUUUGGAAUGAGACAGAUAACUUGGUAACUUACAUUGAUAAGCUGUCUUCUGUAGACAUGGCAUGCCUUGUGUGCACAAUAAAACAGAUAGUCUUCCAGACCAUAGGAUUAUCAAAAAAUGUAAAUGAGCAGGUUUAGUCUCUUUCCAUUUUAGAAUUUAAAAGAUAUUGCCUCAUUUUUCAGAGACAUUGUAUAACAUAGUGGGGACGUGAGUUCCCUGUGAAUAUAAAAUUAGUGUUUGUUAUUGUAAAAAAAACAAGCCAAAACCUGUUUAAAGCUAAAGAAAAACAAGACUGGUAUAUAAAGCACAGAAACUUUCUGCUUAUUUUAAUAGUUAACUUUUGUUAACUGCUGUUCUGAAAGCCCUUCUUAAUUUUCCUAUGUCCUAAAACAAAGUAGUGCUUUGUUGUACUAACAGAAAUAAAUAACAAUAAAAAAAUCUUUACCACUUUUUAUAGAGCUGUUGAGGGUUUGCGUUAAUACACAAAACGAGAACAGAGCAGGAAUGGUAAUAAAUAACAUUGUUAAAUUGACUUUGUGCUAAAUAUUAAGUUCUCCUACAAAAUAGCAUUUUGCCACGAGUUUGUAUGAGUAAGUCUUUGCCUGAGCUACCACUCACUCAAUUGCUGACAGUUCAAACUGAUUUUGAGGAAAAUCCUUUCAUUAAAGUAGCAUUUGCAGGCUCAGACUCCAGAGCAAAGGCGCACAAUGAGCAUAUGUGAAGUGACAAGAAAUGUGAGGUAAACACUCGCUUUGCUUUUCAGCAGUUCACUUCGUUGUUUUUUAGCAGCUGUAGAACCGCGGGCACUACAGCCACGCUGAGCCCACGGACGCCGUGAGCCCCAUCGUCCGAGUUACCAGGCAUCUUCUGAGACUCCAACUCCGGAUUACUCCUCUGCAGCUGAAAGCGUGCAGAAUCCCUCGGACUCGGCGCGCCGGGUCGCUGUGUGAGGCUGCCGGGCCCUCUCUCCCGCCUCCCGCUUCCAGGCGGGACGGGAUGGACGGCGCCUCGACCUCCCCGCCGCGGAACGUUUAGAGGCCGGAACCUUCCGCCCGCCUGGCGGGGAAGAGGCGGGGAAAGAGAAAAGAGCGGACGCGGCGCCGCCGCCAUUGCACAGGUUCCGCUCCCGCCGUCGCGGCCGCCGCCAUUCCCGGCCUGUCCCGGCCAUGUACCGGCCGGGAUUCCGCGCACCGACACCUCCCUACGCUGGCGGCGGCUUCCGGAGCCCUCCCUCCGGCGGAGGACCCCUGCCGCCCUCUCCGCGGCGCUACGGGAGCCCCCACCAGACGCCGCCCUACGGCCACCGGCCCGGGCCGUACGGCAGCGGCCUCUCGCCCCGAGGCCCCGGGUUCCACGGGCGCUUCGGGAGCCCCUCGCCGGGGGCGCAGACCCCGCGCAGGCCGCAGAGCGUCAGUCCCCGGUACCCGGCUCCGUACGGCGGCGCGUCCCCGGCCGGAGCGCCUCUGCACCCGCCGCCGCAGCACAAGCGCUCGCCCGGCGGCUUCCAGAGGCACUUCCAGGGAUCACCCAGGACAUCUACUCCAUUUGGUACAGCGCAUGGCAGAGAGAAAAGAGUGUCUAAUGAUGUGGAAAACUAUUACAGACCUUCAAUGCUUGAGGACCCAUGGGCUGGCCUAGAGCCAGUGUCUGUUACAGACAUAAACCAGCAAUACAGCAGUGAGCAAACAACAUGUACUGCUAAAAAAGGGAGGUAUUUCAGCUAACACUUUUAAAGACCAAAUAAUUCCAUCUUGUCAGGAAAACUUUGGGACAGAAUCUUUACACUUACACAAGAUGAACAAUAAUCAAGACCUUAGAUAAUACUUUUAUUUCAUCACGUCCACCCUUUUAUCCUACCUUUUUUUAUUGCAUUGGAUAUUUUUACGUAUGGGAGGCAAAAGGAGUGGUAGGAAAACUUACAUUUUUGGCUAUGUGGAAGUGCCUACCAGCUCUGAAGAACAAAGUGUUCUUUUAUCACCAGCGACUGAUUUGCGACUGUUAAAACAGGUUUCAUAUACUUACCUCUCCCAUGCCAGAUUGUUAGCCUUCUGUUGUAAAGUCUCUUAGGAAGUGGUAUUUUUCAUGUUUCAACAUUUUUAGAUUGAAAUAACUUGGAAAUAAAAUAAAGUUUUGUAAAUCUUUGUUUUGUAACGUAUAAAGAAUAUUUUAGGAGCUUUGUUAAGGUGAACACAUUAACACAGUAAUUCACAACACUGAAAUUAGGUGACUUCUGUAAGUGUGCUUGUAUGCUGUAGUUAACAUCUGGUUUUGUGCGUAAUAAUUUUUGUUAAUUGCAGUGUAAUGUGAAGUUGAAACAUGACUUAUAGCCAUCUCAGGAAACAAAUGUAUUGGUUUUGGAAAGUUUAAUUUGUUGAACAAACUUGAGUCACAAACUUAAUUCUAGAGUUAUUUGCUUUUGUGUUUAAAAAAAAUAUAUAUAUAUGGAUCAAUAUUAGAAAUUUCUGGAUUAUAGGAACAAGUCUGUUCAUUGACAGUUUAAGUCAAGAGAAUGCAUAAAACAUAAAGCUUAAGUAAAUGCAAAUACUCUUUCUGGAUCCACCUGCUAGAAUAGUACAGAAUGAGUGACAGUUUUUGUUACACAGUUGAUGUUAGUACAUGCAUAGCAUCUUUUUUUAAUGCAUUUUAUAUUUUUCAAUUAUUUUAUAUUUCAUUACCAGGAGAAUUGUUUUGUGUGUGUACAUGCUAUAUUUUUAUACUGAAGAGGAAAGCAAUGCUUUGGGUUUUUUUAGAGCUUGUCUUUACAUGGAAGAUCCAUGCUUAAAUCCAGGAGUGAAUAUCAUAAAAAAGACAUAGUUCCAGCUGCAGGCUUGUUUUAACUUGCAAUGUUAAGUCUGCAGUAGUUAGAUAAAUUUAGAUAAAUUUGUUAUUGAACUAUAUGUUUGUUGAUCUUGGCUUUUAAGCCAAGGCAGAGUGGAAAAACUUUGUUAAAUAAAACCAUUAGCUUAGUUUUCAAAAUGCAUGUGUUCUUUUAAGCUUCUUACGUACUCAAAACAUAUUUUUGUAGUCCUGAGUCACGGUUAGGUAGAAAAGCACAGGAAAUCCCAUUAAACUGUUCUUAGUAACUUGUCUUUUGCUGAGGUAGAAUAGUCCACUGUACUCUUUAUCUGUUUCAGCAUAAGAUGUGUUAGGUUAGUACUGCCUUCAGGAACAACUUCAGACUGUAAGGGGAGGUUAAUGUGUUCAAAUGUGCUGAGUCUCUUGUACUCUUAGGACCACAGUCUAAAGUAUGUCACUUGUGUCUUCCCCCGGUUCACCCUAUUAUUUUAGUAUUAUAUCCAAAAAGGCUGCCUCAAGAACUGAGAACGUAAUGCCUGCUGGAUAUCACAAAUGGUUAAAUCUUCAUCCCAGAAUCCAAAAAUGGUGCCUUAAAUGGCAGCUAUCAGUAUUGUAAUUUGUAAUAGGUACCAGCUAAACUGAGACAACUUGACAAGUUGUAGAAUUUAUGCAUAAGUUAAACAUCACUGUGAAAAUUAAAGUGUAAAGUUUUCUUUCUUUUUUUGUUUUUUAAACAUUGUCAGGUGAUUUUAAGCUCACAGAAAAAAAAAAAGUUGUAGUGUGCUUAUUCAAGUGUCCUGUUUCAUUGCCGUUUCCGAUGUAAUUAAAAUGCAGUUUAUUUUUUGCAAUAUUUGGUGAUCUUGGAGAAACAAGUAUGAUUUUAUUUAAGAGAGUGAAUUCAUUAUGUGUUCUCAGUUAGAUGUGAUAAGAGUCUGGGUUUGGAAGGGAGAAAGGAAAGGGAUUUCUGAAAGAAAAGAGACUGUUAGAGGUGGGACUUCUUACACAGUAAGAAGUAUGAGCUGCCCUUGCACAUUGCAAAGAUGGAUUUUUCCACUUUGGCAUUGCAGUUGAGCCAGGCAUCAAAGCCAGACUCGUCUGGUAAUAACUCCUCGAACCAGGUGUCAGACAUCAGUGAAAGUAAAUGUUCCAGAAAGAGAACUUAAGAAAUAACUAUGAAACACUAUUUAAUCCAUGCAGACCUUCCACAAUGCCGUCUAUUAAAUUGCUGCUUCAGUGCACUUCAGGACAUGACUCAACAAUUUUAAGUACAUCAUACUGCUAAAGGCUACAGUCAUUUGGUCAAGAAUCAGCACCAAAAACUUGAAAAUUAUUCACCUUUCUGGCUUCUGGGAGAAAUUCUGUAAUUACAGUAAAAUUUAAAUAUGUCAUUGUUGAAGAGCUGUAAAAUGCAUGAACACGUGUUCAGAACUAUAAAUAUAAUGUUCUUAAAGUCAA